AUGGUUUCUCUCACCGAAGGCCAGAAGGCUGCUCUGAGUCCUGAGGCGAUCAAGUUUCUCGAGAACAUUCACCACCUACCCUUUGCGAGCCUUCUUUCAAACUUCUUCACCAUGCCAAGCCGCGUUCCAAGUCUUCGACAAGGCGUGGAAGCGAAAAUGGCACCUGGAGAAGCAGACUUGAUCGCCAAGCAUGGGCUUCAGCUCAAGGAAAUCAGUAUUGCCAAUGUCCCAGUGGUGGUCAUCGAACCACCUGUCAUUCAUCUCGAAAAAGAGAGCAAGAUUCUAUUCAACAUCUUUGGGGGUGCGUUCAUCAUGGGCAGCCCUCGAGAUCGUGCUGCCCUCACUAUGGCGGCUGAACUUGGCAUCCGUGUCUACUCGGUAAAUUACUCCAGGUCUCCAGAAGCAAAAUAUCCCGUGGCUCGAGAUCAAUGCCUCUCUGUGUAUCGUGCUCUCAUUCAGGAUGGUCCAACAGGUGGUUUGCCAAUUGACCCAGCUGAUAUCUACACGAUGGGGAGUUCAUCCGGCGCACAGCUCUUGCUGUCCAUGUUCCUCUUAGCCCGUGAAGAGGGCCUGCCAAUACCGAGCGCCGGAGUGUAUUUGUGCACACCAGCUGUUGACUUGAGCGGCGCCGGUGACUCUAUGGUUUUCAAUGCCCGUGAUCGGGACAUCAUGCCGUACAGCUUCCUAUACAGCAUGGUGGCACAAAAUUAUUUUGAUCAGGGAGUGGACUUAAAGGACCCUUUGGUAUCGCCAAUUUAUGCUUCUUAUGGUACAUGGUUCCCACGAACUGUCAUAACGGUUGGAACACGCGACUUUGCUCUUAGCAAUGGCAUCCGGUUUUACUGGAAGCUAAGGGAGGCGGGUGUUGAAACAGAGUUGCUGGUGUCCGAGGGGAUGUGGCAUGGGUUCGUUUGGGACCCCGUUGUGCCGGAAGCUCUCACUGCUCGGGCUGCCGUGAUCAAGUUCAUGCGAAAUGAGAACUAA